AUGAUUGCCUCACGCUUCGUCUUUGUUGCUGCGAUCAGUUUGAUAACGGCGAAGAGCUCUCAGUCGGCCAAAGUGGAUUCAGGGUGUUAUCCUGAAAUUGUGAACCAGGUUCAUUGUCGAAAAGCGAUGGGUUACAUCAAACUAGCUGAUAAAACUAUGCACCUUCCAGGGAAUGAAAACCAAAUAACGACGUUAGCGGGCAACUGUCGUUUCAUUGUCUGGAACAAAAAAUGGAUUCAAUUGGUCUCCCCCAUGCAAGUAAACGAAGCCUACAUUGAGCAUUUCAAGAAAUGUCCCGGCAAGGCUGGUAGGACUGUCUUUCCGAGUAAUAAGGAACUCGUUUUAGAGAUCAAGUUGCGUGCCACACCUUCUACACAAUUGGACCCAUGGGAAUCGGAUGGCGGUCUCCUCAAGCCGUACUGCUAUCGGGCACCUGGAGCCCGAGCUGUCGGCUCAAAAGAUGAUUGCAUCAUAGCCUACAACACAGUCCCGGUUGAUCCCCGCACCGGGUAUAUCACUCGCACCUCAGGGUUCCAAAUAACCUACAGAUCAUGCAUGAUAAGAAUGGACACCACCGACGGGUCACCAAAUAAAAUGAAGAAGGUAGAUGCUGACUCGGCCAUCUUCGGGAUGAUUGAAAAAUGUGACAAGCUGCCCGGUGUGGUGAAUCUGAACGGAGCUUCGGGACCAAAUGGGAGACUCUUUGUCCGCACCAUCGGCGUGGAUCCUAAUGAAAAGUAG